AUGAUCCGCAAGGUUGUUGUUGAACUCAAGGACAAGUAUGGAUUAUCAAAAUCCGCUAUUCUGAAGUGCAUCCUUCAGAACUACAAACUCGGAGAAAAUGUUCAAAAGGUCAACGCUCAACUUCGAACUGCCAUCAAGAAAGGUGUAGUCAAGGGAGAUUCAAGCAAGUCAAAGGAAGCGGUGCAUCUGGAAGCUUCAAGCUCGCUGAGAAGAAAGCUGCUGCUCCUAAAAUCAAGAGCGUUGCCAGUUGCCAAGAAGCCAGCCAGUGGUGAAGCCGGUGAAAAGAAAGCCACCACACCCAAGAAGAAGAGAUGCAGCAGCAAGAAGCCUAAGGCCGAGAAGAAGGCCAAGAGCCCCAAGAAGGCGGGAAAACCAAAAGCCAAAUCUACCAAGAAGCCA